AGAAAUUUCUUGAAACAGAUCCUUCCAAGCUACUACUGCACAGAUGGGUAGGGUAGUGUUUCAAGUCGUGGUGUGCAUGCUGGUGGGGAGUGUUUGUGCUGGACCACAUUUCCAGUCUUUCCGGGGCACCGGGCCCAGCUUAGGCCCUCCUUUCAUACCACAUGCGCUGGACCCGAGCAGGUGUCCUCCAGAAUACAGUCAUCAUCCUCUGAUUCUGGUCUCUACGGAUGGAUUUCGAGCUGACUUCCUGAAGAGAGGACUCACCCCAACGAUCUCGAAGCUCUCCAAGAGAGGAGUUCACGCCCCAUACGUGAAGCCUUCCUACCCUAGCAUCACCUUCCCCAAUCACUACACCAUCGCCACUGGCCUGCUGCCCCCUGCGCAUGGGAUCAUAGCUAACCGCUUCAGAGACCCUGCCUUCAACGCCUCCUUUGGUCCUGGCAAGCCGACCAGCUACGAGAGGAGGUUCUGGGGCGGCGAACCGAUCUGGAAGACCGUCGAAAAUCAGGGCCAGAUUUCCGCCACUUACUUCUGGCCAGGAUCGGAAGUCAGAGGAUUAUCUCCAACGUACUGGCUGCCGUUCUCAGAUCGAACGCCUUUCAACGUCAGAGUUAAUCAGGUACUGACAUGGCUAGAUCUACCGAGUCAUCAGCGGCCGCGCUUCAUCACCCUAUAUUUGCAUGAGCCUGACGCGAAAGCUCACGAUUUCGGUCCCGACUCCCAACAGGUGAAUGAAGCUCUACAGUUGGUGGAUGAAGCCAUUCGGCAGCUCAUUAUUGGGCUGCAGAAACGUGGAUUGCUGGACUGCGUUAACCUGAUUAUUGUCGCGGAUCACGGCGUCACGGCCGCUGGCCCGGAGAGGGUUCUCCACAUGAACAGAAUCGUCCCAAACUUUGCCAAUAAAGUCACAAGUUUAUACAACGGUGUUUUUGCUCGUUUCAAUGCGAGAGAUCGUUCUUUCGGGGGCACUCUGUCGCUUAUGGAGGAAUUGUCAUGCAAGAGACGCGAGAUGAACGUCUACCACAGACAAUAUUCCCCUGCCCGAUGGCACCUUGGCGGUCAACGACGAGUCGAAGAUAUCUUCGUGGAUCUGUCCAAGGGAUACCAGGUUGAUGGCGACGGAACCUAUAAAUCGGAUCUCGGGGACCACGGAUACGAUAAUUACAUUUCUGAGAUGAAUGCUUUGUUCUUGGCUUUUGGACCGGCAUUCCAAACUGGACUUGAAGUUGAGGCCUUCCAGAACAUUGAGCUUUACAACUUGAUGUGCCUCCUGACCGACAGUAGACCUGCUCCCAACAACGGAACUUGGGGCUCCCUCCACCAUCUCCUCAUCAAUCCUCCUCCUCUACCUACUAUUCGAAGAAAAUCGCUGGUUCCACCUGUGGCCCGAUUGCCAGAAGACGCUUCCGAGGAACUCGAGGAGCUGCUAGAGGAGUCCGAAUGUCAAGUGUUGCCGCAGGCUGAGGAAGUACAGAACCACGUCCGACGCUUGAUCAAUACUGAGUCCAUAGGCCUGCCAUCAUUGAGCUUCUGGCAUGCACCCUGGGGGUUGCCACUUGUUAGCAUUAAUGAUUUACCAGGAACGCUAACUGUAACGGACGCUUCCUACGUUUCGGCCUAUUCCCGGGCGCUGCGAGUGCCCCUCUGGACCAGCUUCUACUUGGAUGCUAAACAGAGGUCGUCGCGAGGCGUGCGUUUAGGGUCGUGGCUUCCUGACCCGCGCGUCCACGUCAACGACUUGCCCCCCGUGUGUGCGACUCAACCGCUUCUAGGCGAUUCUGCGUGGGAAACUUUAAUGCCUGAAAGAUGGGCCAGUUCUAGUGACAAAUCUAACAUUAAAAGCACCACAAAUGCAGUCAUCAUGACACAAAAAAUGAAGAAAGUAUGGGGAUCCCUAGCAGAUACCAUAGAUGAAUGGAGGAAGAAGUUCGGUGCGAUGAACGUCGUUGUAGGUCCGGUGUACGACAGAGAUGGUGACAGCCUCAAGGAUGAUUAUGCACAAUGGCAAGUUCAAGGCAAAGGUGUUGCUGUUCCGACGCAUAUCUUUGCGGUCAUCACGCGGUGUCACAUCGGCUUCGGAGGUCUCCAUGCCUGUCCACCUGAACACCUCGACGCGAUGGCCUUCAUCCUCCCUCAGCAACUGCUGGUCUCCAACUGCCUGAGUGAUGAAGAAUUUCUUCGAGAGCACAGCGCAAAAGUGAAGGACGUAGAGCUCAUCACGGGCCUUGAGUUCUACUCGUCGUUGCCUACGCAGGAUCGAAUUCGAUUACAAAUCAGAAUUCAUUCCAAUAUUUGGGGCCGGGAAACUUGGCCAAACAGACUUCAUUCGCAGCUUUUUGGGCUAAAACGAUGAUGCACGGCUGUUAUUUGGCUGCACUGUUAGAAAAAUCACGUUUAAGAAAGGAGGACGAAUUCUUUCGUGAUAGUAUUUUUCUUUUCUGAAUGGUAUGGUGCAUUUCUAAGCUAAAAACCAACAUAUUAAUAAUUAUGCCCACUUCGACGGAUUAAUUCUUUACUUUUGAUAAAACUUUAAAAUAUUAUUAAGGUAAUUACACUGGAAUAUAAAUUUACUGUAUUGCUGAAACAUAAAAUUAAGAAAAUAGGGUUCAAAGACAGCUAUAAAGUUUCUACUCUUAAAUCGUAUUUUUUUUUAAAUAUAUGAUAAAUUUGCUUAUUGAAGUCAAUAAAUGCUGAGGGAGGACGAAAAAUAAUGUGAAUAUACAAGACACAACUCUUGGUGCAGACGUUCCCCUUGUAGAAUUUGAGCGUUACAAGACGCUA